AUGGAUGAUCGAAAAGGUAACAAUGGUUUUUCCUUAUCAGACAGUGAUGCAAGUGUCAACAAAGAUUCAUUGCUAGAUAGCAGAGUAACUGUAUUGGAUGUCAACGAAUCGCUGAUGAAUAUUAUCGGUAAAAAACAAGGCGACAAUAUGCAACAAUCUACCAGUGAUGAAAAUGUUUUGAAAUGCGAUAAUCACUGUGGAAUUGAGGAUUCAGUAUCUCUACCACCACCACUACCACCACCACCACCACCAUCACCACCACCACCAGCAUCAUCAUCAUCAUCAUUUUCAUCAUCAUCAUCAUCACCAUCAUCAUCAUCAUCAUCCGAGUUUGAUCUGGAUGAUGAUUCGGCUGAAAUCGCCCGAUUGGAAGGCAAGGUACAGCAGGGUGGAGAACUAGUGGAAGAUGAUGAAAAUGAAAUCAGACAAGGUGGAAAUGCAGGUCACAGUGCAGACGCAUUUGAUGGUUUCAAAAAUCGAAUUACUUCGCCUACAUUCAGCGCUCAAACUUUAUUGAAUCGUAGUGAUUUCACAGCUGUUGAGGUUUUGAAUGCCAUUUACCGCAAUGCGCCAGUUGGUGGCUCUCGUUUUGUAAAACCCACAUCAACUACAUUUUCAUACAUACCACAGAAUGAUAAAUCACGAGCUCAGCUGAAGACUAAAACAUCUACAACAAGCACGGAAUCGGAACAAUCGGCACGUGAACGUGAUGAGGAGAUUCUACAACAACGACAACGUGACCUAAUGGAUGAGUAUUUUCAUCAGUCUGGCGAUUUACAUCAUAUCAAAGCAUCUUUUGGUCGUCAGGGACAACUAUGGGCUGACCAAAAAUACUACGAAUAUUAUGAAUAUUUAUGCAAAGGCAUCAAACGUGCGUUAUCCCAUCCAGGCUCAUUUGAUCUAGACUGUGGCGCUGGAAGCGUUCAUACUCCAUCUAAUCAACAAGCUAACGGAAUAUGCCGCGCAAUGAAAUCUAAUCUCUAUUAUCAGUACAGUCCAGGACCUGAAAUAUAUUCCAGAAAAGUAUUCGUCGGAGGACUGCCAAUCGAUAUCGAUGAAAACGAGCUUACGGCCACUUUCAGUCGUUUCGGUCCUUUGGUUGUGGAUUGGCCAAACAAAGGUGAAAAUAAAAGCUACUUCCCCCCCAAAGGCUACGUAUUUCUUAUCUUCGAAUAUGAGGUUAGUGUACGCGCAUUGGUGCAAUCUUGCUUUGUGGAGGAUGAAAAACUCUUUCUGUACAUUUCAAGCCCGCUAUCACCUGAUAAACUGGUACAAAUUCGACCUUGGCGCCUUGCAGAUGCGGAUUAUGUCGUUGAAGCCAGCAUUCCGUUAUACGCUCGACGGGCUAUCUUUGUCGGUGGAGUACCAAGACCUAUUAAAGCAGUGGAACUGGCACAUAUAAUGGAUCGCCUUUAUGGGAGUGUUGGCUGUGCAGGUAUCGAUACCGAUGUUGAAUAUAAAUAUCCGAAAGGUGCUGGGCGCAUAGCGUUUACCAAUCAAAAUUCAUACAUGAAAGCAAUUACCGAUCGUUAUGUGCAGUUGAGCCAUGGUGAAGUGGAGAAACGAGUUGAACUGAAGCCAUAUGUACUGGAUGAUCAGCCAUGCGAUGAAUGCGGUGGCGAACGUUGUGGACAUCGACAUGCGCCCUUCUUCUGUCCACAACUUUCCUGCUUGCAGUAUUAUUGUGAGAAAUGUUGGACUACGAUACAUGGAUGUCGUGCACGCGAAGAUCACAAGCCAUUAGUUAAAGAAGCUUAG